ACCGUUACUCCAGCUACUCGCCCUGUUUUACGCUUUUAUUUCUGCCGCUACAGCAAUAAGCAAGCCUCAGUAAGAAUGCAUUCAACAGGACAGACGGCCGCCCAGUAUACGUUAAGUCGGCUGAGCGCAUACGCUGAUUAUCGGCGCUUGGUAGACCAAGUUCCAAUCAUCGACAGCAUCUGCCUGUCCCACAUAGGUCACCCAUACAACCAAAUCCCAGCCCCUGAUAUUCAUGGGCAUAUGUUUGGACAGCUACGCCCAGUAUUUUACACAUUUCUCGACAAAAUAUCCCGGUUUUCUGCGCAGUAUCCAACAGGCAGGAUUGAAGUAUGGGUGCUUGGCCUGGAUGGGCUCACAACCCAUCCACAGGGCCACGACGCCUUGUGGGAACGGUGGCCGCAACAUGACAUUACAUUCCAUCACAUCCAGUUUCAUGGUAUCGAUCGCCUUCAGCCUGUCCAACAGUACCUUCGUACAGACCACGUUGGUGUUUCUCACCUGCCCCCUUUUGAUGAAACGCUCUACAAUAACCCGAACCCAGCACCAAACAUUGCCGCUAUGAAAACAAUGCUUCAAACGGCAUAUAAUGGCAGAGGUCUCCAAGGAUCAGAUCAGUGGAAAAAUCAAAACCGCAAUGGGUUGCCGGGGCCAACGCCCCCUUGGCUUCAAUAGUGCAUGUUGGCAAUGCAAGAGAAGGAACGUGACAUAUAUGUUAUUUAGUCUCUGCUACCAUUACAUAACCGUUACAUAAGUCGAUACACAAUACGUAGCUUUAAGAGACGUGUCACCGUCACCAUCAC